AUGUACAAAUUAUCCUCAAAUGCAAUUGCCGAGCGAGUAAACGCGAUUAUUGCAGAAAUACUAAGAAUGUAUUCAGGAGAAAAUAUAAAAAAGAUAAUACAAAAUAUGCACCACAGACCAAACUUAAAUUAUAAACGGACCAUACGAUACUCACCAUUUGAAAAAGUAUACAAAUAUAGCUUUUUCGAUCCAGAUGAACACUACAUAAGUGUACUUAAAGAUAAACAAUUAGGAAAAAAGAAUAAGAACGUUAAUAAGAAAAUAAUUAAAACAAAUGAAAACGUAUGCAUAAAGAAAUUUAAUGCUAAGAAAAGUGAGGAACAAUAUGAGGGUCCAUUUACAGUUACAGAAGUAGGUAAAAAAGGCAGGUGGGUAAAGAUUCUAGGACGAAAGGAAUGGAUCCAGGUAAGGGAUAUUAAAUGA